AUGUAUAAGGGAAAACAAUUUUCAAGUGGGGCGCUUACUUCAAAAAUUGACAAUUUAGUUCUAAGGCUUAUGGCAUUUUAUUUAAAUAAGGGCCAUCACUUGAUUAUGGACAAUUACUAUAACAGUGUUAACCUUUCGAAUUUACUUUUAAAUCACAAAACCCACACCACUGGCACAUUGCGAAGUAACCGAAGGGGUAAUCCAAAAUAUGUUCAAAAAAAAUUGAAAAGAGGUGAUCAUAUUUGGAAACGUCAAAAUAAGGUGUAUGUUUCUAAAUGGAAAGAUAAGAGGGAUGUCUUAUGCAUAACAACCAAUUAUCAACCAAAAAUGAUAGUCUCUAAAAAUAAAUAUGGCCAAGAAAAACCAAAACUUAUUGAAAUUGCCAAGUAUAAUGAGUUUAUGAGUGGAGUAGAUCGCGCCGAUCAAAUGAUCUCUUAUUAUUCUUGUCCUCGGAAAUCUGCAAAGUGGUACAAGAAAGUUAUUUUUCAUCUGUUAGACGUCGCUGUUUGGAAUAGUUUUUAUAUAUACAAACAACAUUUUGACCGUCCAGAUUUCAGGUUCAAAGUAUAUAGAGACUUACUUAUUAAAGAUUUAAUUAAAAUUCCAAAAAAUACUACAGCAACUGAAUUUUUUCAAUUAAAAAAAAAUUCAAGAAAAUCAAGCCGAGGUGAAGAUUCGAGAGAAGGUCAUUUCGAAGAACCUAUACAGUUACCACCAAAUUAUAAAAGACGAAAAAAAUUUAAAAAUUGUGUACAGUGUUAUAAACAAAAAACCAGAAAACAAACUUCCAUUCAAUGUCAAAAAUGUAAAGUACCUCUGUGUCCACUAUGUUUUAAAGAUUACCAUGCUGCUCAACCAGAAGGAUGA